GAAGAUAAACAACUGCACUUCAUCUCAACUACACAUAUUUCCUCCUCAUAAUUCAAGCAGCCACAAUGGCGUCUGUGGUACUGUUGAGGCAUCUCUUCAUCUUCCUCUGUCUGCUUCAUCUGCACUUUCAAAGCAUUCAGGGUUUACCGAACACUCUCUGCCUUGAUAAAAUGACAAUGUAUUUUUAUGACCAUGUCCAGCCAAAGCAAGGGAAACAAAAUUUUCAGUAUGCACUUGCAAUUGCUGUCCAGGAGGAUCAGUGUACAAAUGAACAAUCUGAUAUCCAGACAGAAUUCAGCUUGGAAGAUGCUGCAAAUGUGAGAAAUCUUCUCAAUGGGAAAAAGAAAUGUGAACUCUGCACAUCAUCAAAAAAUGUUAUUGCCUCACGACCAGUUCCAAUAAGUAAAAACAAAGAUGAACACUCUGAGCAUGUUCUGCUCUAUCCUGUAAAUAACUCUCUCAUGGACAAACUUCUAACAGAGAAACCCAAGUCGGACUGUGUAGUGUUCUUUUCGUACAACUCACCUUGUGUGAAAACAUGCCUUCAGGGUAAGGACAAUAUUAAGGAAGGCCUUAGUAAUUGGAUAGAUAAAAGAAAAGACAAAACAAAUGCUUUUGUCUUCCAAGAUGUUUGGCAGAAUGACAAGCGCAGUGUUCUCGAGGAAGAAUUUAAAAACAUUAAUGCAAUAGUGCCUCUCUAUCGGUGUGCGAUAACCGCCAAUGUGAUGAAGUGUCAGAAAUGUGUGGAUAAUAAUGAUGUUGUGGAUUCCUUCUGUCUGCCUAAUGAAAAUCCAGUCCUUUUCCUCUUCCAGGAAAUGGCUACAUCAGCGUUUGUACUAUGGAGUGCUGUUAGUGAACUCUUGCCCAUCACACUCAGUGGGCUAUGAAAUCAUAAUUAUCACACAACACAAGAGAAUACGAUCAUGUAUUCAUCCUGGUACUCCCAUAAUGUGUACUGUAUAAUAAUGUUACGUAGGCAUUCUUUAAAAAAAUAAAAAUAUUCUGCUCAUGUAUAUGUAACACGUGUGUCACUCUCAGACGGAGGUAAGCUGGACUAGUAUCUAGGUUUAGAGGAGCAGUAAUGAAAAUCGCACAGACCAACAAAUGUGUUUGACUGCCGGCUUAUAUUGACAAAAAGUGAGCAAUUGUAAAAUGUAAUUUAAGCGUCAGGUUUUCUGAGGAGAGGUGAGCAAAUCACGGUAUUUCUAAUAUUUACAUAAAUAUGAAACACAUUUUACAUAGUUUUGUUCAUGCAACAAUAUGUGGGUUUGUUUCUGCCUCGUUUUCAUGGAGUAGUACAGCGCUGUUUGUCUCAUGCUGGUUUAAACUACGUAUCAGAACACUGGGAUUUAACAAUAAUAUUUUGGAUGGUGCAAAGAGAAUG